AUGGAUACUACAAAUGAGAUCCCCAUCAAUCGGGCUCGACGGAGCAGCUCGCAAACCCACACCUCUGCUAGACCUAUUCGCGCCAAUGCCGGACAGUUACACAGACGAGAUUCGAAUAUGUCGACCACUAGUUUUCUCGAUGAGGUUGAGAUGGCCCAGGACGAGAUGUUUUCUGGGCCAAUGGGUGAAAGCGUUCCUACGAGCAUCUCAUCCUUUGCCCAUCGACGACACCGAGCGGAUUCGACUGCAAGCUUCACUUACUACCAGGAGGGUCAGGAACAAGAUUUAACACAUCCACCGGAGUAUGAUGCUGUCAUUUUAGACGACGAGUCCGAGCUGGCAUUUGGUGAGGACGAUUCGUCCGCUGAUCUAGAAUCUGGCGAGCUAUCUACAAUGAGAAGGACUUCUUCUGGCCUAUCUACUGCAUCCGUACAUGAUCAGCUUCUCCGGAGCGACAGUGGACAUAGAAGUGCAGACGGCAGUGAUUAUGGGGAAGGAGGACGGACAAGCCAAAAGAUAUACAUCGUCACGGAGGACUUGACAAUAGUGAUUGCAGGGUUUCGCACUUCGAAGAUUGGUUUUGCAAUAUAUACAACGAUAUCCAUUCUGACAUUCGGACUUGCCUAUCUGCUACUGCGUUGGUUGCCUCGAUGGCAAAAUCAAUGGGGAGAGUUUGUUGUCCAGGAUAUCGAUUCGGAGGAAUAUGGCCGGUCCUUGUCCACUGUCUUUGGUGCGCAAGAUAAACGAUUUGUCCUUUCUUAUGAAGAUGACGAUGACCCCGCUAUCGACACUCUUCGUCUACUUGACUAUAGAUAUAUGCGAUUCUCAUAUCAUCCACUGAAGGAUAAAUUUGUGUUAAUUAACAGCUGGAAAGAUCCAAUGUGGACAAAUGUGAAGACCAUGCGCACUGGCAUCGAUGGCGAAGAAAAAGAAAGCCGAGAACUUGUCUUUGGAAAGAACUUGAUAGAUAUUAAGCAGAAAACUAUUCCACAGCUUUUGGUAGACGAGGCUUUUCACCCUUUCUACGUUUUUCAGAUUGCAAGUCUCAUCUUAUGGUCCGUCGACGAGUACUAUUACUAUGCUGCAUGUAUCUUCGCUAUAUCUCUCGUGAGCAUCACUACUACGCUAAUCGAAACCCGCUCGACGAUGAAGAGACUGAGAGAAAUAUCUCGCUUUGAGUGUGAUGUUCGUGUUCUCCGCAAUUCUUUUUGGCGUUAUGUCCCUUCAAGCGAACUCGUACCAGGUGAUGUAUACGAAGUCACCGACCCUGCUCUAACUCAGUUUCCUUGCGACAGUAUAUUGCUCGCUGGGGAUUGUAUUGUCAACGAGAGCAUGCUCACAGGCGAAUCUGUCCCUGUUUCCAAAGUGCCAGCUACAGAUGACUCGCUACGGUCACUCAAUUUAGCUGCAUCAUCUAUUGCUCCCGAGCUUGCCCGACAUUUCUUGUUCUGUGGCACAAAGAUCGUUCGCGCGAGGCGGCCUCAAGAUGACAAGGACGAUGAGGCUGUAGCAUUAGCUAUGACCGUCAGAACGGGCUUCAAUACUACCAAGGGAGCCCUUGUUCGCUCUAUGCUUUUCCCCAAGCCUUCUGGAUUCAAGUUCUACCGGGAUUCGUUCCGUUAUAUAUCUGUCAUGGGAGGUAUCGCAGCUGUUGGAUUCGUCGCCUCCUUUGUCAACUUUGUGCGUUUGCAUAUAGCCUUCCACUUGAUUAUUGUGAGAGCUCUGGAUCUCAUCACUAUCGUGGUUCCACCUGCUCUUCCGGCCACUUUAACAAUCGGCACAAACUUUGCACUUUCACGGCUAAGAAAGAAAGAGAUCUACUGUAUUAGUCCACAGAGGGUAAAUGUAGGUGGGAAAUUGGAUAUCGUCUGCUUCGAUAAGACAGGCACACUUACGGAAGACGGCUUGGAUGUUCUUGGUGUACGAGUAGCACAAAAGCCCUCCAACCGGUUCAGCGAUAUACUACCGGAUCCACUUUCGUUACUUCCAGGCGCUGCAUAUGAGCGGGAUCCUACAGUGGUCUACGAUAGUCACAAGGCUGCACUUUACACAAUGGCAACCUGCCAUUCCCUGCGAGUAGUUGACGGCGAGUUAGUGGGUGAUCCUCUCGACCUCAAAAUGUUCAAUUUCACUGGAUGGUCAUUCGAAGAGGGCGAGCAACGGUCUGGCGAUGGUGAUGAUGAGGAGCAAGGCGGCAUAACUCCAUCUAUUGCAAGACCGCCUCCUGGUAUGGAAUACGACCUGGAUGAUAACGAAGGUCAACAGAACACAAACAGCUCUCCUAUAGAACUGGGUAUUCUGAAGUCUUUUGAGUUCGUAUCCCAGCUGCGUCGGGCCAGUGUCGUUGUACGGAACUUUGGUUCUCAGGGAUGCGACGUGUACGUCAAAGGCGCCCCAGAAUGUAUGAAGGAGAUAUGUCGGGCUGAUAGCUUUCCGAACGACUACGAAGAGCUACUCUCAUAUUAUACGCACCGUGGUUUCCGCGUUAUCGCUUGCGCCACAAAGCAUAUCAAGAAACUCAACUGGGUUAAAGUUCAGAAGAUGCGGCGUGACGAAGCAGAGUCCGAGCUCGACUUUUUGGGCUUCAUCAUUUUCGAGAACAAACUGAAGCCAACCACAGCCGGAGUUCUAGAUGAACUUACCGAGGCAGGCAUCAGAAAGGUGAUGUGUACCGGAGACAACAUCCUCACCGCUAUCAGCGUCGCAAGGGAGUGUAACUUGAUAGAUAAGACUGCUCAUUGUUUUGUGCCUCAUUUUAUUGAAGGCAAUUUUACUGAUCCAAACGCUCGGCUUUCCUGGGAGAGUAUUGAUAAUAGCAUAUACACGCUUGAUGAAAACACUUUAACGCCUUUGCCUCCACCUGUGGAUGGAGACGCGUCACUGCCAUACGAUAUUGCUAACUUGAGGAACUAUUCCUUAGCCGUCAGUGGCGAUGUAUUUCGCUGGGUUGUUGACUUUGCUCCUCCCAAUGUGUUGAAAAGAAUGCUUGUUUGUGGGCAAGUAUUCGCGCGAAUGUCGCCAGAUGAGAAACAUGAACUCGUCGAGAAGCUACAAAGUAUCGAUUACUGCUGUGGAUUCUGUGGUGAUGGGGCGAAUGAUUGUGGUGCCUUGAAAGCAGCAGACGUGGGAAUAUCUCUCUCCGAGGCUGAGGCAUCCGUUGCUGCACCAUUUACAAGCCGAGUUUUCGAUAUAACAUGUGUUCCGGACGUCAUACGGGAGGGUCGGGCAGCGCUGGUCACCAGUUUCAGUUGCUUCAAGUACAUGAGUCUCUACUCGGCGAUACAGUUCACAUCUGUUAGCUUCCUCUACGCCUCGGCAUCGAACCUCGGUGAUUUCCAGUUUCUAUUCAUUGAUCUUGCCUUGAUCUUGCCAAUCGCGAUCUUUAUGGGAUGGAGCGGGCCUUUUCCAAUACUGAGCCAAAAGCGUCCAACGGCGAACCUCGUUUCGAGGAAGGUGUUAACUCCCUUGCUUGGACAGAUUGCUAUCUGCAUCCUCAUUCAAGCUGUGGCAUUUCAAGCUGUUCAGAAACAGCCCUGGUACAUUCCACCAAAGCUGAACCAUGAGAAGUCGAAUGUUCUAAAUUCUCAAAACACGAUUCUGAGUGUAGGGCCACCGUUCCGGCAGUCGAUGGGCCAAAAUUUGCCGUUUGUUGUUACUAUCGUUGUAGCAUUAUUGUUUACCUCGUACAUGCUUUUUGACCCAUCCGAAGGACUGGCACGAUUCAUGCAAUUAACGCCAAUGACAUGGGAUUUCAAAACAUUUUUGCUUGUUCUAGGAGUUGGAUACAUUGCGGUGGCUUGGACGUUGGAACAUCACGUUUUACCACGACUCGCGAAAUACUUGGGUCAAAUCAAAACAUCAGUAACAGGGAAAGCCAAAGUACGGAAACAGUACAAGGUCAUCCUAUCCGAGAUGCAGGAGUUACGGUAA